AUGGCUGACAAUAAUCCUCGAGGUCUGCUGCAGUCUGUGCUUGGGUUCUUCGCAAGAAAACGACCCGAAAGCUCCGCGCAGCCCGGGUCGUUGAGUUCGCGGACACGCGAAGCCUGGCUUCGGACGGAUGCAUAUUUGCAACAUGAUGCCGAUGAAUUAGACGAGGUUGAGCCUGAUCGUCUUGCAAGGACGCUUCGUGUACUUGAAGAAUAUGUUCAGUACGACUCUGACCGAGAACCAGAUUGUAGCUUGCGACGAGACAUGCCGUAUCCGAAACUUCAGGCGAUGCGCAGCAUAAUCGAGCGUCCGAGUCACGAUUCGCAUUCUAGUCCAGGGACGACCAUUCGCGUGAGUAAACGGAGACGGGAAAGUGAUGCUGUCAUUCAGGAACUGUCGUACUUGUACAAUGAGGGCAAGAGACGCCGAGUUCUGCGUCGUGAAGAGCCAACUACUUGCGAAAAUUCCGAAGACCCUGAGGCCGACUUCGCUGUACUGAUGCGGAAACAUUUGGUAUCCCUAGACAACGCGUUACGAAGAGAUUGGGUCUGUGUUUGCCAUAACUGCUCAGGAUUGAGCGUUCGACUCUCCCUGCCACAACAUGAGAAGGGUCUGAAGCUUGAUACGUGCUUCGAAGUGUUUUUUGGCGUACGGUCUCUUCUUGCAAUAGAAUUGCAAGAGGCUAGAAUAACCGUCAAGAGCACAUCUGAUCCUUUGAAAAGCGGCGCGUCCAACUUUACCCACAUAUGCCAGAGCAUUACAGGUUCCCUUGGCCAGGCAAAUUGCUUGAACCUCGCUCUUGAGGAUGGGAGAUUUCGGGAGCUUCAUCCGCAACCGAAGACCUUUGGAAGUAAUCAAAUGGCUGGCACAGUUUCUUUGUCGACAUUAUUCAAGCGUCAACAAGAAUUACGUGGUGGUUCGUCGGCAUUGCCACUAAAGGGGAAACGAAUCUUAGCUGUGACACUGGCUACCGCGCUUCUUCCGUUUCUAGAAACACCAUGGCUACAGCCUUCCUUUAAUCACUCAAAGAUUCAAUUCUUCGAGCCACUGCAGAGUGGAGAACUACCUGACAUCACAAAACCUUUCCUUGCCAUGGAGCACAUUCCAAUUCUCUCAGCCCGCAAUGAAGACACUGGGGUCGGUUCUGGCAAGUCCAAACACAUGGUGCAUCCCAAUGCCAGCGUGCUAGCACUGGGCAUACUCUUGUGCGAGCUUCAUUAUUGUACACCCGUGGAGCUGAUGCAAAAGGAAUCGGGCGCCGCUAGGAACGUCAAUACAGACUAUUAUACCAGUCUUGAGAUGCUUAAAUCUCUAGAAGUCGAGGUUGGCGUGGAUUACUAUCUCGCUAUCAAGGCAUGCCUGCAGUGGGAGUACUACCCCCCUGGACAGCAGGCUGAUUUCGAAUCUGUCAGUGUACAGCGGCUCUUUUAUCAGAAUGUUGUCAAAAGACUUGAGGCUGAGAUUUCCAAGUCGUGGGGACUUCGAUUGGAAGACCUGGGUUCAUUUGAGUCACGAGCGAAUGAGCUCUGCUGGGGUUCUAUUGGCCGAGAAGUUUUUCGCCAUCAAACAGGCAAGGCAGAUCCAUCUGAUACAAAUAAUCAAAUCCAGACAAUCUCCUAUCGUUCUAUUCCUGACGUCACGCCUGUGAGCCACAUAUCAUUCAACCCGGAUAUGGGUUUACAGAUGCCGACACACCCUUCUUUGAAGCCGCAAUCUUCUGCCGGACCUUUUGUCGCGCUUCCAGAAAAAAGCUUCUAUUUCUUUGACGCAAGCCACCAGGCGGGUUGCGAACAAGCGAGUCAACUUUCGCGACAAUGGAUGGAUCGUCUUCUGUAUUCGAUCAAUCAGCAUGUUGACCCCUACCAAUCAAAUAAAGCCGAACGCAGAUUCGAACCGGUGCGAAUAGCGAUCCUAGACUCCGGUUUUGAUCCUGACAAUCCACUUCUAAGGGCCGAGGAUGGACGACUAGACCCACGGAUCAAGGCUGCGCAAAGUUUCAUCGCUGAAACAGAACCAAACGACAUUCGAGACGAGAUUGGGCACGGCACUCAUGCUCUUGGACUUCUACUCAAAGUUGCCACAUGUGCUGAGAUUUAUAUCGCCAGAAUUGCGCAUCGAGAGACGCUAGAUCUUUCCGAAUGGAAGGUGGACAUUAUCUCUAUGUCAUUCGGGAUCCGUGAAUUGAGCCAGCCAAUAAAAACAGCCGUUUCUGAUGCUAUACACAGUCAGACGUUGUUAUUCUCUGCGGCAUCGAAUGACGGAGCGAACUUCGGCCGGGCCUUUCCAGCAAAAUUUCCCGGCGUCUUUUGUAUCCACUCAACUGAUGGAAAUGGCAAUCCUUCCAUGUUCAACCCGACAGCAGACGACAAAGACGUCAACUUCAGUUUACUUGGGGAGCAUGUCUCCUCGCACUGGCUAGUCGGCAAGGAUGACCACGAUCAACCUGUAAAAGUAAUGUCAGGUACAUCGGUCGCCACUCCGAUAGCCGCUGGGCUAGCAGCUUCGGUUCUGUCGUUUGUCCGGCAGCAGGACUCACUCACCAAUCCAGGAAAUGAGUUACUGGGGCCGUGGCUGCAAGGUGCUGAUUCAAUGGAUGCGGUUUUGAAGAGUAUGGCCAGGCAUACACGAGGCGCAGGCUAUGACUAUCUCACACCCCACGUACUCUUUGAUCGAAGUUCCACACGGGAGCAUGUAUAUGAGAAGAUAAAGGACAUUAAGAAACGUAUGUAUACCUAG